CAAAUACACGACAAGUAGCUCUGCUUAUUAGUAACCAACAAACAACUGAUAACGAAGCAAGAAGAAUCCAAGCCGUCGGUCUAAAAAGAUUCCAUACGUAUAUAUACCCCGAGUAAGGGUAUGCAAAACCAUCCCCCAAAUUCUAUCUCUUCGCAAACCGCCCAUACUCGUUGCCCUUGAAUACACCUUCAGCUGAUCUACCUUCCAAGAAGCUUCGAUAAAUAUUCUAAUCGUCAUAACAAAACAUGUCUUCGCAACCAUCCAACAUUGUCAUCAUCGGAGCCUCUGUGGCUGGGCAUAACCUCGCCAAUUCCCUUUAUCCUACACUGCCGUCUACCCAUCGUAUCUUGCUUAUUGACGCACUCGAUUACGGUUUCUUCCCCAUCGCAUGUCUCCGUGCUGCCGUCGUUCCUGGCUGGGAAGAUAAGGUCACGGUACCGCUUACCACCAAGACCGUUUUCCCUUCUGGUACUGCCCAUCAGGUCAUCGCCCUUAACAAAGUCAUUGAGCUGCGCGAGAACUCUGUGGUCUUAGAGAAGCCUUUCGAAGGCUCCACAGAAGUCCCAUUCUUCCGCUGUGUCAUUGCUACUGGAGCCUCUCAGCCCUCCCCAAUGAGACCACCCCCAGGCGCCACCAGCCAGAAACAGUUCAUUGAUAAUCUCCGACAUAUUCAAAGCGACAUAUCCAGGGCUAAGAAAGUCGUGAUCAUCGGAGGUGGUACAGUCGGCAUUGAAUUCGCGGGAGAAGUUCGAGACGCCCAUCCUGAUACCGAAGUUACGAUCAUCCAUUCCAAACCUUCCCUUUUAUCUCCGAUCCCAUCUGCAGGCCCUGAAUCCUCUUCCAAUCUGAGUUGGUCCUCUCCUCCCACCAAUCCCAAACUCUCUAAGAGUCUAGAGCAGGUUCUUAAAAACCUCAACGUCAACCUGAUCCUUGAUGAUAGUGUCUAUAUCCCAGUGGGAGAUAAUGCAUCAGUCGCGGGCGAAUGGGAUGGGUCAUUCGGCCUCCAGGAUGAAGUGAAGAAGCUCAAGUUGCGAAGUGGAAAGGAGGUGCAAGGUGAUUAUAUCUUUGUGAGCGUUGGCAAUAAUCCAAACAUUGGGCUGGUGGCGAGCGUGGACCCGGCCGCAAUAACUAGCGGAUUGGUAGCAGUUGACGAUUAUCUGAAGGUUGCAUCCGACAACCCAGCCUCUCUUCUCACGAAGAAUAGUAACUACUAUGCUGUCGGCGAUGCUUCCGCUGUUACAGGGUUGAAAACGGCAUGGCUUGCCCGUGUCGCCGCGACGCAUGUUGCUAAGAACAUUAUCAAUGAGGUCAAAGGCAAAGAGCUUUUGAAGUACUCACCUGGAAGUUUCAAUGCCUUGUUUGUCCCUAUAGGUCCAACACAUGGCGCCGGCUCCAUCACAUUCCCUUUCUUGGGUACCUGGAUUGUUGGUGGGGGCGUGGUUAAGGCAGCCAAGGGGAAGGAUUUACUCAUCGGCCAGGUCUGGCAGCCUCUCUGGCAAGGGAGUGAUAAGGUUGACUUGAAGGUGUGAAAUGUGUAGGUCGAUUCACUUCUUGAUUAAUUAAAGGCUCCUGUUUCUGUAUGGCAUUUAUAACCUAUAGCCUAUAUGGGAUUUCUGUUUUGUUGAAUUAUGUAUUUUUCUUGAACUCUUUUAUUGGACUAUGAUUCUCUCUUAGACUCUUUCGUAUAGUACUGCUCAUUAUCGUAUUAUUGAGACGACAGAUUAAAAAGAGAACGUAAUAGUAAGGAACUAAUCUUGAAUGUCCAGUGAUGAAUGAAUAAUGGUAGCGAU